AUCUUAAAACUAUCUUGCUAGUGUCGGUUUAGUUAGCACACAACCCCACAUCCAAAGGUUCAUUUCAAUAUGGCAAUCUUGUCAAGUUUUGCACCGUUGACCAUUCUUAGUAUAGUCUUGUUAGUAGUCGGAGUCAUUGUCACUGGGGCGAAAGCUAGGCCAAGAGCAUUCUUUGUGUUUGGAGAUUCACUUGUUGAUAGUGGAAAUAACAAUUACUUGGCUACCACGGCACGUGCCGAUGCCCCUCCUUAUGGGAUUGAUUACCCUCCAAGUCAUAGACCAACCGGUCGUUUUUCCAAUGGCUACAACAUUCCUGAUCUUAUCAGUCAGAGACUUGGUGCUGAGUCUACAUUGCCAUACUUGAGUCCAGAAUUAAGAGGAGAUAAGCUCUUAGUUGGUGCCAAUUUUGCUUCAGCUGGAAUUGGAAUCCUUAAUGACACUGGAAUUCAGUUUGUAAAUGUAAUCAGAAUGUAUAGACAGCUAGAAUAUUUUAAGGAGUAUCAAAACCGAGUGAGUGCUCUAAUUGGAGCUUCAGAGGCUACGAAUUUGGUGAAACAAGCACUAGUGCUCAUCACUGUAGGGGGCAAUGAUUUUGUAAACAACUACUUCUUGGUGCCCAAUUCAGCAAGGUCCCGCCAGUACCCACUACCUCAAUACGUUAAGUAUCUUAUCUCUGAGUACCAAAAAAUUUUGCAGAGGCUAUAUGAUCUUGGAGCUCGAAGAGUUCUUGUGACAGGCACAGGACCCUUGGGUUGUGUUCCAUCAGAAUUGGCCCAACGUGGUAGAAAUGGACAAUGUGCUCCUGAACUGCAACAAGCUGCAGCAUUGUUUAACCCACAACUCGAACAAAUGUUGCUACAACUCAACAGGAAAAUUGGAAGUGACGUUUUUAUUGCUGCAAACACAGGAAAAGCGCACAACGACUUUGUUACUAACCCCCGACAAUUUGGGUUUGUUACAUCACAGGUAGCUUGUUGUGGGCAAGGACCUUACAAUGGUCUUGGGCUAUGCACAGCACUCUCUAACCUUUGCUCCAACAGAGAGACGUAUGCAUUUUGGGAUGCAUUCCAUCCAUCUGAAAAGGCCAACAGACUUAUUGUGGAGGAAAUUAUGUCAGGUUCUAAAGCCUACAUGAACCCAAUGAACCUUAGCACCAUCUUAGCUUUGGACGCAAACACAGGAAGAUAGAGGAACCCAACUGUCCUAGAGCAAAAUUAAUCGUAUUCACCAUCCUUGCUAGUUCAUGACAUUUCUCUUUCUACUUUUUUUAGUAUAUUAAUUGUAAGGAAAGUUAUGAGGAAACUCUUAGUGUUAUAAGGAAACUCUUAGUGCAAUAAUGAAAGUUAAAGUCCUAAAUUCAAAUACUACUAAGUGCUUUGUUUUUAGAGGAGUCAUGAUUCACCUUGAAUAAAUAUUCCAAAAAGUUACAUAAGAA